UUAUUAUUACUAUAUAUUUGUUUUUUAAAAUGCAUUGUCUAUGUAUGAGUGCGCCUGCGGGCAUAAACAGAUUCCUAGUUAAGAAUGUUUCAAGGAUACCAUUGUUUCUAGGGUUCUUCCCUUUGACUUAAGAUGGGUCGUGCUAUUCAAAGAGAGAAAGACAUUGAAUUUGACCUUGACCUUGAAAGUGGUGGAAACACCAGCGAAGAGGAAGCAAGCAAUGAUGAGAGAGAAUCAAAGAAUGGUUUUCCUUGGUCAUGGAAUGGGGUUGUGAAUUUUGAUGGAUCAUCAGAAAAGGGUAAAAUUGGAAUUGAUUCAUGUAGCAGUUCUUCAAAUUCAGGUGAUGUUGUUGGUUUAGAUGAAUAUAAUUUAGAAUUGUUGGUGGAUAACGGUUUAGAACAUGUUAAUGGAAUUAACAAUCAUGCAAAAUUGAAAAAUAAGUUUUUAACUAACCCAAGAAAGCCUCCAAAACCACCUUUGCCUCCUAAAGGCCCUUCAUUGGAUGCUGGUGAUCAGAAGUUUGUGAAGGAAUUAGCCGAGCUUGCAUUGAGGAAGCGUGCAAGGAUUAAGAAAAUGAAAGCUGUUAGAAAGAUGAGAGCAAGCAAGUCAUCGUCGUCAUCAUCGACAUAUACAAAUCUUUCUGCCAUGGUCAUCACUGUUUUUUUCUUCCUUGUCAUCAUACUCCAUGGAAUUAGAUCUGCAAGUAGUGCGGCUGUUGGGUUAACGGAUUCCCAUGAGACAGAGGUUACAGGUGAUGAAGGUUUAAUUUCAGUUCAGUAUCCUGCGAACUUCAACGCCAGUAAUGGAGACGAACCUGGUUCUCACUACCCAAGUCUGCAGGAAGGAUGAUGUGGAAAUUUUGAAGAUUUUUUCGUUGUCAAUGUGAGUUUAGGUUAUUUUUCAUUAGUUUGAUUUGUAUGUGCUUUUUUGUACAGCCAUUAGGAGCCUCAGUUAGUUGUGAAGUAUGCUUGUACAGUGACUUGUUUGGCAAUGUUUAAAAAAGAACUUCUUCUCAGAUUGU